AGCCGGUGGAUCUUCUUCCGAAGUUCCUCAGCUGCGUGAAGCUCUGUGCCUUGCAUAACGAGUGUAACACACAUAAAACGUGCACACAGUUAAGUGACCGGAAGACCCCAGGCUGCUGCUGCUGCUGCUUCUGCUGCGUGAAACUCCCGCAGAGACACGCAGAGAUGUCCGCAUGUGAGUUUGAAUCUCUGGAGAAAUGCCUGGAGACGCACCUGCCGGAGGCCGAGAUCACGGAGGUGAAACGCAUUUUAUUCGGGAAGGACACCAAGAAGUUGGACCUCCCAUCAUGUGCCGUGAACGCUGCCUCCGAGCGUGGCUUUGAGCUGAAGGGUUACAAGUUUGAAGCUGUGCAGGAACAACUGAGGCCACCCAGGGAAAUCCGCGUGGGACUGAUUCAGCACCGCAUUGUUCUGCCCACUGAUGCCCCCAUCCUGGACCAGAUCAAUGCCAUGCAUAGCCGAGUUGGUGAAAUGGUUGAGGUGGCAGCCAUGUGCGGUGUAAACAUCAUCUGCUUUCAGGAGACCUGGACCAUGCCCUUUGCUUUCUGCACCCGCGAGAAACAACCAUGGACGGAGUUUGCAGAGUCUGCUGAAGAAGGAAGCACCACACGCUUCUGCCAAGAGCUGGCCAAAAAAUACAACAUGGUAGUUGUCUCUCCAAUUCUGGAGCGAGAAGAGCUGAGCGGCACUCUGUGGAACACUGCAGUGGUCAUCUCUAACUCCGGGAAUGUCCUGGGAAAGAGCAGGAAGAACCACAUCCCCAGGGUUGGAGACUUUAAUGAGUCUACAUAUUACAUGGAGGGCGACACUGGUCACACAGUGUUCCAGACACAGUUUGGGAAGAUAGCUGUGAAUAUCUGCUACGGUCGCCAUCACCCUCUCAACUGGUUCAUGUACAGUAUGAAUGGAGCUGAGAUCAUCUUUAACCCUUCAGCUACUGUUGGAGCGCUCAGUGAACCCAUGUGGCCUAUAGAGGCCAGGAAUGCAGCAAUAGCUAACCACUGUUUCACUUGUGCAAUCAACCGCGUCGGGACGGAACAUUUUAAAAGUGAAUUCACGUCUGGCGAUGGAAAAAAAGCUCACCAUGACUUCGGGCAUUUCUAUGGGUCCAGUUAUGUGGCUGCUCCUGACGGCAGCCGCACCCCAGGGCUCUCUAGGACCUGUGAUGGGCUACUGGUGGUAGAGAUGGAUCUCAACCUGAACAGACAAAUCAGCGACAAAUGGAGUUUUAAGAUGACUGGGCGGUAUGCUGAGUAUGCAGAGGAACUCACCAAAGCUGUCAGACGUGACUUUAAACCCAACAUCGUGAAGGAGUAGAUAAUAUUUCACUGUAGUGCACUGAAGUAUGAAACGAAGUUCAGGUCCAUUCAGUCAUUUCAUGUCAGUCUGUCAAGAUUGUUUUAAUUUCAUUUCACUGGUUUUAAUCAUCAAAGCUAAACCAGAGCUCUGUUUUUCGAUAUGUGGAGUACUAACUGAUUUCAUUGUUAAUGGUUUGACACAUGCCUGGAUUGUUCAGUCCUGUGAAGCUGAUACUGGCCCAGCCAUAAGUGAGUGGAGUCAUGGUACAGAAAGUACAAUAGAGCACUACUGUGGACAGAGUCAGCAGACAGACAUAAAAGAAUGCCCACAAUAAAAAAAUCUAAAAUCUAAAACAUGUGAACAUAAUCAUUAAUAAUUAAGAGCACCCUCUCCCCCAACCAACACACCAAGUUUUAGUAGGAAGAGACUGACCUCAUGGUAAUCCUCACUUUAUACAUCUACUUUGGUAUUCUAUGAUCAAAAAAUAAUGUUAAUUACAUUAUUUUAUGACAAUUUUAAUACUAUUACUUAGUUUCAUAAAUUCUAAAGUGCUUAUUAUUGUAUAUUUUAUAUCAUUGCAUAAUUAGAAUAAGUCUUGGGAAAGAUUCCUUCAAAAAAAAAAAAAAA